AUGCUCAGCCAGCCCAAGUCAAAGAUUCUGGUCACGGGUUCUGAGGCAGCUGCAAGACGUGCCGGCGAUGCCGACAGGAAAGCGAAAAAGCGCAAACAACAGGGAUCGGUCGACAAGCGUCAACGAGAGCAACAUCAGCAGCCGCAGCAACAGCUACAGCGUCAAGAGGACGGUCGCCAAGAGCAUGACAAGGCAAAGAAGAAAAAGCUGUCGUGGCAAGCGCUGCUCUCUGCGUUCCGCAGGCUCGGACUUCCAUCGACAUCCAUGCCGGAGACAUGGCUGCAGUUUAAUCACCUAGGCCGUCUCCUGCGCAACAAGAGGGUGAUCCAAGUCACAUACAAGAUACUAAACGGGGCCUUGAGCGUGACAGAUAAGGACGGCCGGAAGCGCUCCCGUGUGCUGCUGUCGGCAUACAUGAUGACGAUGUGCCCACGUGAGGUGUUCCAGGACAUGCACGGUGCAGAGGAGCAGCAACUACUAGCUUCUGCCAAAAGAGUUCUCCAGCACUUUGAGCAGAUUGUGCAGUCUCAAGAAGAUCACCUGGGAUCGGCCUCCAAGUUAGCAUUUGAGCAAUGCUGGAACGGGUAUUAUGCAUUGUUUGAAUCUUGGAAAUCAAAGGACAUGAAGCAACUGGUGGCCAACAUGUCAGCCUACUGUAUCGAGCUUGUGCGUUUGAAGCAAACACUCGGAAAACAAGGCGAGGAAGAAGGUGUGAGUGAGCAGUUGGAUCAGCAAAUCCUCCAAGUCAAAGACCGUAUCCGCAAGGUGGGUGGGCCAUCUGCUUUGGAGCAUCUCACGCAAGUCGAGCAGGCUUUGAAUCAGCCUACCGAAACAGCAGGUUCCCCGAGGCCAUCAUCAGUUCCUCCAUCGCCUACUCCUCGGCCAGAACGCUCCCUCGGGCAAGACGAGCCGCCUUCCAUUAGCACCGAGCAAUUGAAUCGAUUGCUAGGCGGAUACGCUCCUGUGUCUGGGAUUACAAAUCAACAGCUUGCCCACGAGAUCAUUAUCGACCCCGAUUUUAAGCUUCAGCGACAAGCUAGUGAUGCCGAGGCCAAGACACUCGAGCAACAAGUACGGAAGAUUGCAACACAGGCAUUCUUUGACGCUGUGGAGGAUGAUAUAAAAAAUGGACUUCCUGAAAAUUCGCUGCCGACCCUCCUGGGCGAUAUUCGACAACGUCUCCUAGGACUAGUGCGAUCAGGAUCAAGUCUCCAUACGCAGAUUAGCGAGGCUCUCGACGUUGCAUUGAUCGAACAGCAGACAAAGCAAAAAAUCUUUGAUUUGGACGCAAAUUUGCAGUACGUUCUACAAGUGAUGCGUCAGAUCUGUGCGCCGGUGCGCGACGAAGCCAUCGAAAAAAUCGGACAUACGGCCAACAGCGUGCAUCAACUGCGAGCGAUUUUGGAAAUGCUUGAUGAGAUGGCCUUGGAUUUGGGGAACUUUAGAUUGCGUUCGCUGCGUCCACAUUUGAUUCCUGUCGCAGUCGAGUAUGAGCGAUCCAAAUUUGGUGAGGCACUAGCUAAAGGAGAAGUAGGCUUGGCAAAGACACGCACGUGGUUGCAAGCUGCCAAGGAGCGUCGCACGGAGGUGGCAAACGAACGUAACCCGGAAAAUGUGCCUUCUGGCAGCAGUGAUCCUAGCACGGAAGCAGUGUUCGAAGAAGCAUUCAUCUCUCUUUUGACGUCGCCCGAGAUUGUUUCUGCAACAUGGUGCCCUGAAACAGUUCUCCUGGAUGUUGAGCGUAUCACGCGGUAUCAAAACGAAAUGCAGUCUAUCACCAUCGUCGCUGCACUGGUCAUGUUGGCCAAAAACUUUGGACAUCUCGGCGACCUUAAUACACUUGCAGCCAAACUUUUUGUUAUGCUCGAAGACGGAGCCACGACAAUUGAUAAUCUUGCUUUGGAAAUUGAACGGAGCGUGAGGGUGACGGAUGAACAACGACGACCUAUCAUUCGAGCCAUGGUGGAUAAGACUGUCUCGCAUAGUGAUACUGUGUACUCAUUGCUCAUGCGUCGCGUUGCUUCAGUGGUCCGCACUCAAUUGAACACUGGCAAGUUCGCGACACGCGAAGUUUUGGCUAGUUACGGGCUGGAAUGUGUUCGUAAAACUCUCGAGCAGCUCUGCGUGCGUGUCAUGGUCCUUGGCCGACAUCACCUCCAAGUUUAUUCCCCCUGGUACAACGAAAUGCUAGUCAACGAUAACGAUGAUUAA